CCCCGCCGGACUACACCUCCCGUCAUCCCCCGCGGCAGCGCGUCCCGCCAUGGCCUCCGCCGGCGGAGCCGAACCGGAGCGGCCGCACCCGAAGCCUUUCCUCAUCGGCGUCAGCGGCGGCACCGCCAGCGGCAAGUCCACAGUGUGCGAGAAGAUCAUGGAGCUGCUGGGGCAGAACGAGGUGGACCGCCGGCAGCGGAAGGUGCUCAUCCUCAGCCAGGACAGCUUCUACAAGGUGCUGACCGCCGAGCAGCAGGCCAAGGCGCUGAAGGGACAGUACAACUUCGACCACCCGGAUGCUUUUGAUAACGAUCUGAUGCAUACAACCCUGAAAAAUAUUGUUGAGGGCAAAACUGUUGAGGUACCGACCUAUGACUUCGUGACGCAUUCUAGGCUGGCAGAGACAACGGUGGUCUAUCCCGCUGACGUUGUUCUCUUCGAGGGGAUCCUGGUUUUCUACAACCAAGACAUUCGGGACAUGUUCCAUCUCCGGCUCUUUGUUGACACGGAUUCUGACGUCCGGCUGUCCCGCAGAGUUCUGCGAGAUAUGAAACGCGGGAGAGACCUUGAGCAGAUCCUCACCCAGUACACCACAUUUGUCAAGCCUGCCUUUGAGGAGUUCUGCUUACCGACAAAGAAGUAUGCAGAUGUGAUCAUCCCCCGAGGAGUUGAUAACAUGGUUGCUAUAAACCUUAUAGUGCAGCACAUUCAAGACAUCCUGAACGGAGACAUCUGCAAGUGGCAGCGAGGGGCAAUGAACGGACACGGUCGGACCUACAAGCGCCCAUUCCCUGAACAAACGGAGAGCAGCAGCGUGCUAGCGGCCGGCAAACGCUCCCACCUGGAGUCCAGCAGCCGUCCGCACUGACCUGUCCGUGUCUGAAGGAUUUGCCUCUGGUCCAGGCCAACACUGAAGACAACUUUGGAAAAGGACUUCAACAGAAUGGUUGGUGAAGUGCCCUUUAAAUCAUCCUAGCAGCGGAGGGGAUACCGGUGUGAAACUUCUCGCAGAGGGGAGAGGAAGGAGUUGGCCUACUGCCCCUCUCCCCUCCAAAACCCCUCCCUUUCCUCCCUGCCAUGUCUGGAGGUACGAUGUUACUUCAUGAACUAGUUGAAGGCAGUGCUACUUGCCUUUUUUUAAUUUUCAAAAUGAGAUCUAAUGCUAAAGUCUCCCCUGAAGAUUAGGCACUACUAGGUGAUUAGCAAGAUACCCCAUUUCCCUGAUGAUGAUCUUCCUUAGCAGGAAAAUUAUCUGCCUGUUUUGUCAAAAGAAAAAACCAGUCUCUUUAUCUAAGACUAGCUCACACCCUGUUAACAAGCAGGUGCAGUCCUUACUCUUCAUCUUGUUGGCACCUUGAGUUCUGGCAUUGCUGUCCUGCUGGCCAGCCUCCUUUUUAGCCUGUUGUAGCAUAUGAGGGCAGAAGGAUUGACCUGUAGAGGAAUCUCUCCUGAGAUGGAGAUGAAACAGAGACUGUCUGGGACAAAUGGGAACUUGCAGUUCAUCAGGGGGUCAGGCCCAAGAAGUUGUGUGAUUCUGGUUCCUAAUUUAUUCCUUUCUAAGUUCCCAAACCUUGCUACACUGUAUGAUUAUUUUUUUGUACCCAAAUAGUCUCCUUUACCACAGUUAAUGAAUGUGUGAGCUCCAACUGGAUUGAGUUGCUCAUGGAAACAGAAACCUGACCUUGUCAGUAUUAAUGUCUUUUAGGGCAUUUCUGUACUGCUGGUUGCAGAUUCUGCUGUGCAGAAUCCGUCCACUUCCAGAGCUGGGUGGUAAGAUCAGCAAGGGGGAAAGCUGUGAAUUGCAAGACCCUCCUUCUGGUGGUACAAACAGCUCUGGACAUGCUUCUACCCUCAGACAGGGUCAAAGCGCUUGCCUUGCGCUCAGGCGGUUUAAACUCAAGAAUGUCUGGUUUUCUAAAGAGAGCAGACAAGAGGUUACAAGUAUAAACAGUGACAUCCCAGUUUCUGUUGCUAACCCCAGAUAAGUGGUACUGCAGCAACAUGGAGUUUCUGGAAAAAAAAUAAUUCUGAAAUGGAGUGCUGGUUGGGCCUUUGAAAAUGUCCUUGUGGUAUCCUUCUUCAGUCUGGACCUGUGGUGUAAUUUUAACAAUGGGGUGGGGGGAGUACUAUUAAGAGGAACUUUUUCAUAUUUGCUAGUUUUCUAAAACCAGGGUCUGGCUGUGUUGCUUGUGGGUGUGUUACUUUGGCUAAUAAACAAAUGAACCAACA